CCGCCAUGGUAGCGACCCCCGACCAAAUCGCGUGGUUCCUCAUCUUCGUGCUGGUCUUCGUGUCCUUCUACAUUUUCACGAGCCCAUUCGUCGAGAACCGCGAGCUCCUCAACCGAUGGACGCCAUACGUGUACGUCUCGAUGGGCCUCUACACGUGGCUCCUCUUGGCCGCUGUCGUGCACGUGCCCCUCACGCAGCUGGGCAUGCUCGAGUAUGACGUCAAGCAGCCGAUUUCGCUCUUCUUGCCCAUCUUCUUCAGCUCCAUUGUCAUCCUCGGCGGGUUCCAGUCGAUUCUGUACUUGCUCAUGCGCUAUGGCUGGGUCAAGCACUUCUCAAGCCUCUCGUUCAACCGCGUUCUCUCCAACAUCCUGCGCAACAGUGCUGCCGUCAGUGUCAUGUGCUGCGCCUUGCUCGUGCAUUGCGACGCCGCCGAUGACGACUCGGCCAUCCCCAAGACAUACAACCGACACGUGUGCGAGCAGUUCUUCGGCGUCUCGGGCACCAAGAUCCCCGUGCCCCAAAGCUACCAAGGCGGUCUCUUCAUUUGGAUCACAGGUCUCAGCUUGGCCAUGGUCAACUUGGUCAUGGAGCGUCUCGUGGGCUUCCGCAUGCUCGAGCUCAACUGGAACAACUCCGAGGCGGACGAGGAGGAGGAUGAGCACGAUGUGGAGCACUCCAAGCUCCCGGCCGAGCACGCGCUGCCCAUGGUGCCGUGGUACUCGAUGUUUGUCUUUGACACGGCGUUCGAGCUUCUCAUCUCGCUCAAGAUCUUCCUCGGGCGCUUUGACAUGCGCGCCAUGCAAGCUGCCAUCCACCCCAACUACGAGGACUACAUGUUUGACCACUUGGCCGAGAAGGACGACUUGUGGCUCGAUUUCAUGGGCGACUGCGGCGACGGCUUCAACAGCAGCUACCAAGUCGCGCGCUCGCUGGCGCAGCCCCAGCUCGACGUCGAGGUGCCGCCCAAUUCGCCCCUGGCGGACCAGGCCAAGAUGCUGACACUGCCGCGCGGCGACUGCCUCGUCAUUGGCGGGGACCUUGCGUACCCGCACCCUUGUGCCGAGACGUACGAGUCGCGCUUCUGGCGCACCUUUGAGUACGCGAUGAAGCCACCGCUUUGCUACGACCCCGCGGCCGUCUCGACGCAGAAGCCCGUGCUGCCGCCGGGCUGCAAGACGCUCAAAGAUUACAAAGGUCCGACGUGCUUUGCGAUUCCGGGCAACCACGACUGGUUCGAUGGGCUCAACACGUACAAGCGGUUCGUGUGCCACCGCGACUGGCUCGGGGGGUGGCAUCUGCCGCAGCAAACGAGCUACUUUUGCCUCAAGCUUCCGCACGGCUGGUGGCUCUUUGCGUGCGACCUUGCGCUCGAGAACGACAUCAACGAUGAGCAGUUUGCUUGCUUUGAAGCGAUUGCGAAGAACCACCUGCAGGACUCGGAUCGCGUCAUUGUCGUGACGCACGAGCCCAACUGGAUCCUCGAUCAGUACGAGCACCAGCGCACGGAAGAGAAGCUGCAGUACCUCAUGACCAAGGUCCUCGCCGGCCGCGUCGUGCUUCGGUUGGCAGGUGAUAUUCACAACUACACGCGCCACUCGCUUUUCGAAGCGCCCACGAUUCCGGCGCCCAAGCCGACGACACCGCGCCCGCGCAAGCUCUCGAUCAACACGUCCAUGACCCCCGACGACAUUACGGCGAUGGCGCCCUUCUCGCCCAUCCACAAGCAUUUCCCGCACAUGGAAGAGAAGCGUUUUCUCGACAUGCAGCUCGAUAUGGAGCCGAUGCUUGAUCCGCCGCAGGGGCACCCGGAGGGCGGCCCCGUCCACCUCAUCGUGUCGGGCGGCGGCGGCGCCUUCUUGCACCCGACGCACGUCCCGAGUGGCGAGAAUCUGUUUGCAAACGACAAGCACUACCAGCGCGCGUCGUGCUACCCGUCCGAGAAAGUUUCCCGCCGCUAUGCCCUUCUCAACAUCUUUGGCUUCCGUCGCCGCAACUGGCGCUUUGACUUUGUCGGCGGUGUCGGCUACUACAUGCUGGCAGUCUCCAUGUUCCCCCGCUGCUCGGUGGGCGAGAUCUACGAGAGUGCGACGUGGCGCGGCGUGUUUUCCAACUUUUUCUGGGAGCUCGUUGCGAUGCAGGGCGAGGUCUUUACUUCGUCGUAUGUGAGUUUGGCGUCGUACCUCGUGCUCUUUAUCGUGCAUUUGCUCUUCGCUGACACGCCGUCGUUCCCGAAGAAGGCUGCGAUCAGCUUGGUCAUGUCGCUCGCGCACACGACGGCGGCGUUUAGCGUGCUCAUUGCGUUUGAAGCCAUGUUCCAAGCCGCGACCGACCAAGGGGCGCUUGCCAACGAAGGGCUCUACUCACUGUACAACUACUUCAACGCGCAUGUGCCCAACAUGCUCCAGCUGCACGCGUACGACUACUUCAACGUCAUCCCGCUCUACUCGACAUGUGUCAAGUAUCUCUUGACGUUCUUUGACAUUCCCGAAGUCGUCGCCGUCCACCGCAUGAAGAUUUGCUACGAGGGGUUUGACGCGCUCUCGCGCAUUGAGGCGAGUGUCUACUACUACUCUGUGUUCAUGUACUUUUGGGUCGCGGCAACGCCGAUCUGCGGUGUCAUUGUCGGGUUGUAUCUCUACACGGCGCUCAACGUCUUCAAGAGCCACUACAACGAGGCGUUUUCGUCGCUCCGCGUCGCCAGCUACAAGAACUUUGUGCGCAUGCGCUUCACGCCCGACGGCAACUUGGAAAUCUAUGCGCUUGGCAUUGACAAGAUGCCGCAAAAGUGGGUUCGCGAUCCCAAGUGGAGCGGUGCGGCCGAGGCGCGCAAGCUCAACCCGUCGCCGUCGUACGAGUGGAAGUACCCCAACUACUGGAAGCCCAAGAUUUCCAAAGUCGACAACAUUCUGCGCUUCGACAUGGAGGACGAGCAGUUCGACGCCAAGUUUAGCACCGAAGACCGGUCGCGCAUCAAGCUUGUCGACCACGUUGUGUACUACAAGAACAACCCGAGCCGCCCGGGGACGCCCGCGCGCACCCCGACGUACGAGUAGUCUUGGCCAUCAAUCCAGCGUGCCUUGCCUCCA